AUGCUCCUCUACAGCGACGUUGUCUCCGGCGACGAGAUGUUCUCCGACGCCUUCCCCAUCAAGGUGGUCGAUGACAUCGUGUACGAGGUCGACUGCCAGACGAUCACCGUCAAGCCUGGCGCGGACAUCGAUAUCGGUGCCAACCCCUCCGCGGAGGACGCAGACGAGGCCCUCGAGGAGGGGGCGACGACGGUCAACAACGUCGUCUACUCUUUCCGUCUCCAGUCGACGCAGUUCGACAAGAAGUCCUUCCUCACGUACCUCAAGGGCUACAUGAAGACCGUCAAGGCGCACCUCCAGGAGACGAAGCCCGACCGCGUCGACGCCUUCGAGAAGGGCGCGCAGGCGUUCGCGAAGAAGCUCGUCGCCAACUUCAAGGACUACGAGUUCUACACCGGCGAGAACAUGAACCCCGACGGCAUGGUCGCCCUCCUCAACUACCGCGAGGACGGUGUUACCCCCUUCUUCACCUUCUGGAAGGAUGGUCUCAAGGAGAUCAAGCUCUAG